CUUUUUCUUUUUCUUCUUUAUUUGUUCAAGUCUUUCCCUUUCUGAUUUUGAUUUUUCUCCGUUUGAUUGUUGAUCCUUCUUGUCGCCACCCAUUGAGACUCUUCCUCAUUUCUUGUAGUUUCCGUCCUCUUCUGCUCUUUUCCAUGCAUUGACUUUCUGCAAUUCUCCUCUCUGCUUUCCAAACACGUAUCUCUAACAAUUCUCUGUGAUAUCAGAAUAUAUGUGCCUCUUUUUCUCUCUUUAUCUCUCUGUAUUUACCUGCAACUAGCUGCUGCUGUUGCUGACUGUUUCUUUCCAAUACAAGUUUCGAGCUCCACAUGUUAUUUCUUUUACUCUAGCGAUUUCUGUCUAGCUACAGUUAAUUUUCGUUCCUGAGGUUGUUCUUGUUUCUGGGUUUGCUUUGUUUAUAGAAUCUGUGUUAGUGUUUGUUUUUGGUUCUUUGUAAUUUCGUUCUAUAUUAUUGGGUACUUCACGGAUCGAUUGUUUGUUAGCUUUUUGUUGCUAAAAAUGAGUUUGAUCCUUAGAUAAUGGCCUCGAAGAGGCCACUGUUGAUCCCAUCACCAAGAACUCCUGAUACCCAAGAUUUCCCUCCAAUACCUGUUUUCUCAUAGUUAUCAAAACCCGCUUUUGACAAUUCCGGAUCCGUUUCCAAUAUGGAUUCCAAAAAUCCAAUUGAGAGCUCCCCAAGCAUUGAAAUAACUUUGAAUUCCUCGUCCAGGAGAAGUAAUUCCUCAAGUCAUUCCAAGGCUUCUCGUGGGAAUUCAGUUAGGGAAGUUACAUUUGGUGAUUUAGGAUCGAAACCUGUCAGGUACGGGUCCAGAGGAGCUGAUUCGGAGGGUUUUAGUGGUUCCCAGAAGGAGAUCAGUGACGAAGAUGCUAGGUUGGUAUACGUGAAUGAUCCUGAAAAGACAAAUGAGAGGUUUGAAUUUUCUGGGAAUUCUAUACGGACUGGGAAAUAUUCAAUCCUUUCCUUUGUGCCUAGGAAUUUGUUUGAGCAAUUUCAUAGAGUUGCAUACAUUUAUUUCCUUAUUAUUGCUGUGCUUAAUCAGCUUCCCCAGCUAGCAGUUUUUGGCAGGGGAGUUUCCAUUUUGCCACUUUCCUUUGUUCUGUUAGUUACAGCCGUUAAGGAUGCAUAUGAGGAUUGGAGGCGGCAUAGGUCAGAUAGAAUAGAGAAUAAUAGAUUGACAUGGGUUUUGGUGAAUGAUCAAUUUCAACAAAAGAAAUGGAAGGAUAUUCGGGUUGGUGAGAUAAUCAAGAUUCACACAAAUGAAACUCUUCCUUGUGAUAUGGUGCUUCUCUCUACGAGCGAUUCAACUGGGGUUGCUUAUGUGCAGACUAUUAACUUGGAUGGAGAGUCAAACUUGAAGACCCGGUAUGCAAAGCAAGAGACACUUUCAAAGACUCCUGAAAAGGAAAAGAUCAGGGUGUUGAUCAAAUGUGAGAAACCCAAUAGAAACAUUUAUGGAUUUCACGCUAACAUGGAUAUGGAUGGGAAAAGGCUGUCACUUGGGUCCUCCAAUAUUGUUCUUCGGGGUUGUGAGCUCAAGAACACUGCUUGGGCAAUUGGUGUUGCAGUAUAUUGUGGCCGCGAGACCAAAGUUAUGCUUAAUAGCUCAGGAGCCCCUUCAAAGAGGAGCCGGCUUGAAACACGCAUGAAUUUUGAGAUUAUCAUCCUCUCGUUCUUUCUUAUUUCUUUGUGUACUAUCGUCUCGAUCUGUGCUGCUGUGUGGUUGAGGCGCCACAGGCAUGAUUUGAAUACCAUUCCCUUUUAUAGGAAAAAGAACUUCAAUGAUGAAGAUAAGGAUGACUACAAUUAUUAUGGAUGGGGACUGGAGAUAUUUUUCACAUUCCUUAUGUCAGUUAUUGUGUUCCAGAUCAUGAUCCCUAUUUCUUUGUACAUCUCUAUGGAGCUUGUUCGGGUUGGUCAGGCUUACUUCAUGAUUCGAGAUACACUCAUGUAUGAUGAGGCCUCAAAUUCAGCAUUUCAGUGUCGGGCUUUGAAUAUAAAUGAAGAUUUAGGGCAAAUCAAGUUUGUGUUCUCAGACAAAACUGGUACUCUUACUGAGAACAAGAUGGAAUUUCAAUGUGCAAGCAUAUGGGGAGUAGAUUACAGUGGUGGGAAAGACAGUUCAGUGAACGAACAAGUUGGACACUUUGUUCAAGUGGAUGGGAAGAUUUUGAGGCCAAAGAUGAAGGUGAGGAUUGAUCCUGAGCUUCUACAAUUAUCGAGAAGUGGAAACAAUACAGAGGAAGCCAAACGUGUUCAUGAUUUCUUCCUUGCACUGGCAGCAUGUAAUACAAUUGUACCUAUUGCUUUUGAUGAUGCAUCCAAUCCUACUGUUAAAUUGAUGGAUUACCAAGGUGAAUCUCCAGACGAACAGGCACUGGCUUAUGCUGCUGCUGCAUAUGGAUUCAUGCUUAUAGAACGAACUUCAGGUCAUAUAGUUAUUGACAUUCAAGGAGAAAGGCAAAGGUUCAAUGUUUUAGGUUUGCAUGAGUUUGAUAGUGACCGCAAGAGGAUGUCGGUUAUAUUAGGGUGUCCUGAUAAGACUGUGAAAGUGUUCGUAAAAGGUGCUGACACCACCAUGUUUAGUGUAAUAGAUAGAUCUUUAAACAUGGAUAUAAUUCGUGCAACUGAAGCACACCUACACAAUUACUCUUCACUUGGUUUGAGAACACUUGUUAUUGGGAUGCGUGAAUUGAGUGAUUCAGAAUUUGAGCAGUGGCACUCUUCCUUUGAGGCAGCUAGCACUUCUUUAAUUGGCAGGGCUGCUAUGCUUCGCAAGGUUGCUAACACUGUGGAAAAGAGUCUUAGAAUACUGGGUGCUUCUGCCAUUGAAGAUAAACUACAGCAAGGUGUCCCAGAAGCCAUAGAGUCUCUUAGAACAGCGGGGAUUAAAGUAUGGGUUCUAACUGGGGACAAGCAAGAAACUGCUAUAUCAAUUGGCUACUCCUCAAAGCUCCUAACAAGUAAAAUGACACAGAUUAUUAUCAAUAGCAACUCUAAGGAGUCAAGUAGAAAGAGUUUAGAAGAUGCCUUGCGCAUGUCUAAGAAGCUCAUCACUGUGUCUGGGACAACGCACAACAAUGGAGGAAAUUCUGGAGGUGCUGUGAGCCCAGUGGCCUUGAUUAUUGAUGGAACCAGCCUUGUUUAUAUACUUGACAGUGAACUUGAAGAACAGCUCUUUAAAUUAGCCAGUAAAUGUUCAGUUGUAUUAUGCUGCCGGGUUGCUCCACUGCAGAAAGCUGGAAUUGUUAUGCUUGUAAAGAAUAGGACUUCUGACAUGACACUCUCCAUUGGGGAUGGUGCUAACGAUGUUUCAAUGAUCCAAAAGGCUGAUGUGGGAGUUGGCAUCAGUGGGAAAGAGGGUCGGCAAGCUGUAAUGGCAUCAGAUUUUGCAAUGGGGCAAUUUAGAUUCUUAGUUCCACUGUUAUUGGUGCAUGGACAUUGGAAUUACCAGCGGAUGGGCUGCAUGAUACUAUAUAAUUUUUACAGGAAUGCGGUGUUUGUUCUUGUUUUAUUUUGGUACGUGCUCUUUACCUGUUUUACUUUGACAACAGCUAUCAAUGAAUGGAGCAGCAUGUUGUAUUCUAUAAUUUAUACUUCACUGCCUACCAUUGUAGUCGGUAUUCUGGAUAAGGACUUAAGUAGAAGAACUCUUCUAAAGUAUCCGCAGCUUUAUGGAGCUGAGCACAGACAAGAGAGCUACAACUCUAAAUUGUUUUGGCUAACGAUGAUUGACACUUUGUGGCAAAGUGUGGUUAUCUAUUUUAUCCCUCACCUUGCGUAUUGGGGGAGCACAAUUGAUGCACCGAGUAUAGGAGAUCUUUGGACGCUUGCAGUGGUUAUUUUGGUUAAUUUGCACUUGGCCAUGGACGUCAUCCGGUGGAGUUGGAUUACUCAUGUAGCCAUUUGGGGAUCUAUAGUUGCGACUUUCAUUUGUGUCAUUGUCCUUGAUGCUGUGCCUACUUUAGUUGGAUACUGGGCGAUCUUUGAUAUCGCAAAGGAAGGAUCGUUCUGGCUUUGCUUGCUAGCUAUAGUUGUGGCAGCUCUCCUUCCUCGAUUUGUUGUAAAAGUACUAUAUCAACACUUUAGUCCUAGUGACAUUCAGAUUACAAGAGAGGCUGAGAAGUUUGGGAGCAGAAGAGAGUUUGGGGCUGUAGAAAUAGAAAUGAACCCAAUCUUGGAACCUUCACGGAGAUGACAUGGUGAUUUUGAUCUUUGUGCAUCUUCUUUUUCUUUUUUUGUGAAAAAUAUCAUAUUCUUUAGGGCUUCAGAGUGGAUUCUCUCUGGGUUGCGGGUUCUUUUUUUUGUUUGCUAUCCAAAGGAUAGCUUAGGUUUGUAUUUAUGCCUUGUUGUAUCUCAUUAAAUUGUUGAGUGUAAAUUAGCAGUGUUCAGGAGAAGAAACACUUGUUAUACACAUAAUUUUUUUUGUUUGUUUGUUUGAUAAAAUUAUUACACAAAGUUUACCAUGAAAA